GAGGCGGCGGGGCCAGCCCCCCACGCCCCAGCCGGCCUCCUCUCUUGUUUUCCCCCCUCGGGGAGCUGAGGGGGCGGCUUGGCGCAAGCCCGCUCGCCGCCUGGCUGUGAGAAGCCCCCGGGGUGCAGACAUGGGCCCUGCGCCGCCCUUCGGCCCCUACGCCUGAAACCGGCCUGAGGGGGUCACCCGCUCGCCCCGCGCCGCGGCCCGGAACGGGCUUCUGCUUUCGCUGCCUGCUGUCGGGCCGGGGAACGCGCUGGCUCCCCUCAGACGCUGCGUACAACGGAGCAGCUUCGCUCGCGUGGGUCAGGUUACUCCUGCGCAGGUGUCUGCAUGAGCCAAGUGCUGUUUAUUAACAGGAGGGGCACCUCUGCUUUGUUCCUCACAUUUCCUAAGCCGCCUCAAAGAAAUGCUCGUGCUAAGUUUGAUUUGCGUUUUGUCGAGAAAGGCAAAGGUCUCCUUCAAUUUCAGAAAUCCUUUCCCUCUGAGUGGGUUAUUUAUCUCGUUGGUACUUGGGCAUACGAUUUUAUAUCCAUCAGGUGACGAGGUGGCCCUUUUCCUACCAGUGACUUCAGUAGGUUUGUAAAAAGAACAGGAGGACUUGUGGCACCUCAGAGACUAACACGUUUAUUUGAGCAUGAGCUUUCGUGAGCUACAGCUCACUUCAUCGGAUGCAUUCAGUGGAAAAUCGUAGGUUUGUAGGUGCCGUUAGUGCCUGGGGUAAUAUGCCAGAUAGUGAGUUCUUCCACCAUGUUACAAAAGAAAAGAGGAAAAAGACAAGUGAAUGGUGACACUAACAAAACUUGUAUCCAGAUGUGCUGGCUCACUGAGAUAAGAAAAUAAAAAGGGAGUGAAAUCAGGAGGUAGCAAAGGCAUCUAAUAGACCAGACCUCAUGGAUUUAGAUUGGCUCUACUAGUUGAGCUUUAAAAUUCAGAGUUGCAGGCAAAAGGCCAUGUAACUAUUCAACAAUGUAACUGAUUGGAUAAUUAUGCUAGUUAUGCACAGUGCACAUAUAUAAAAUCUAAAUCAAGGAAAAGGAAAAUACACAAUUACUGGCGAUCAAAGUUCAAGCUUGGUCUCUUCAGGGAGGAAGCUGGUGACAGCUUGUUGAGUUUUUCAGGGAAAACAUCCAGUUUGAUGAAAAACCUCCUUUACAAGCUCAAGGCAUCUAGGCAGGAGUGGCUGUCUGGACCCUAUUAUUUGCUAAGACCAUCCAUUGUGGAUUUCCUAACUAUCUCUGCUGCUUUCCCUCUCCUCCUCUAGUCUGUAGAGAGAAACUCCAACCCCAGAAGAGAGAGGUAUCUGCAGGGGAGCAACCUGUAGAGUGGAAGAAUGCAGGAGAAAAGUAUGCCAACCAGUAAUACAGGGAUAAUGAGAGCCACUCACUUGCUGCAGUUACCGCAAGAAAUGCUGACUGAGAUAAUCAGGUACCUUCCUCCUGCGGAAAAAUCCAAGGUCCGUGCCACAUGCAGUCUCUUCAAGGACCUGGUUGAUCAGCCUGUUGUGUGGCAAAAGAGUACCAUUGUUCUCCGACGCAUAAGCGCUUUCAACGCCGAGUUCUGGGACGUGCUUCGGAAAAGAAAGAUCACUUCUGUAGAAGUGAAAGAAAUCGGGCUUAAGCAAUGGCAAAAGCUGCUGAGGUUCAUGCCUGGUCUGCUAGAUGUAACUGUGGAUUCCCUCUGGAGCAAGGAAAUCCUGCAAGGUUUACAGCUGCUCACAGGUCUACAGAAACUUCACUUGAAAAUGUGCUCUAGGUUAUCUGAGAGAAGUAUAAUCAGGGAAAUUGUGCACUUUCAACACCUUACCCACUUGUUGUUGUGCGGCAUAACCUUCUUAAGUAGCAGUGAAUUGAUCAGAAUUGCUUGCUUACAAAACCUACAUCUGCUCUCAUUGCAUACUGUGCAAAAGGCUCUUCCUGAGAAAGCACUAGAGUAUGUUUUAUUCCAUUUACCAAAACUCAGAGAACUGUCACUUUCUUAUAUCCUGAAUAAGGAGCAUUUUUUGUUAUGCCUCAGUUUGCCAGAUAGACUUCCCAUCCCUUAUUCAUCAGAAGCACAUAAUCGGAGAGCACAGAGAAAGUUCUUUGGGGAUCGUCAGCGGAAUUUGUUCCUUAGUUUAGGAAUCUUAAAAUAAUUUUUAAAUGGACCCUUUAUGAAAUUUGCAUAUCUGACCUUUUUUCAGAGCCCUUCUACUAACCAACAAUUGGUUAGUUUGUUGUUCAAACUUUCUAGAUAACUCAUUGUCAGAUACCUUCCUGUUUGAAGAAAUUAGGUUGCAGUUAAGCCAAAUUAUUAACCAAAGUGUAGGUGUGUGGGGGGAUUUCCCCCCCCCCCGUCUUUCCUGUUAUAUUCACUAUGUGCUACCAUAAGUAUGAACCUAAUGUAAAGACUUGUACACAACCUUGUGCUUUAAUAUUGGAAAACAAAUAUCUCUGGGAUGUCAAAUAAGUAUUUCCCCCCACCUUUUCAAUCAAUCCACUAUGUUUAGAGUCGCCUCCUGUUCCAAAACUUCAGCUUCACACUCUGGCCUUGAGGCAAACUGGUUAUAACCUUCUUUCAGAGCGUUUCCUGGAUCAGCUCUCCACCAUACACACUCUGACUGUUUGUUACAUCAAGGACUUUUUGUUACACUCAGUGGAUGUUUUUGGACAGGUGCUGAAGAACCUACCAAACUUGACAGAAUUAAAUCUUCUAUGUAAGUUGUUUUUAAGAUUGCAGUGUUUUUUGGUUUUGUUCUGUGCAGGCUUAGGAAGGUUUGGGUAGUUUCAUCUUCAGUUAAAUGGUAACCAGCAAGACAGCAAAGAGCUUAUUUUUAUGGAUGUUUCUGUUGGCUGAUAUAUCUUGUCUCUGAAAAAAUCAGUUCCCCAAUUCAGAACCUGCUUGGCUUGACUGUGUUCAUUCAAACCUGACUGAAAAAUCAGUCUAGAUAUCUACUAUUUAAUGAAGCUGCUGCCUUAUGGCUCUUAAUGCCCUCCGGGUUCCCUUCCCAGUCCAGUUGACAGAUCCCCACUACUUCUUAUUUACGCUUGGGAUUUGUCCCCAUUUCAGCCAUGGAACCAGCCACUGAUGCGGCUGCACCUGUGAAAACCCCUAUGAAGUCCUAAUCCUCUGUGUAAGGGCUGGCCGAAACUGAAAAUGUAGGGGUGUGAAAAAUCAGUACCCUGAGAGAUGUAGUUAUGCCGACCUAGCCCUGGUGUAGACUAGGAAUUCUUCCAUGGACCUAGCUACUGAUUCUCGGGGAGGGGUUAACUACAGCGAUGGAAGAAUCCCUCCUAUCACUAUAGUUAGUGUCUACACUGAAGUGUUACCGCUGCACAGUUGUGCUGCUAUAGCCACAGGCGCUGGCUUCCUCUUGGCUUGCUCGUUCCGCCCCCGGACCCACCUCCACCUGCCCCCUUCUCGCAAGCCCCCACCUUCACCCCACCUCUUCCCCGCCCCCACUCUGCCCCAGGGCUGGAGCACCCACAGAGUCGGUGCCUAUGGUUGUAGCAUAUUAAGUUUAGACAAGUCUGAAGUCACAGGACUGGAAGUUUUUAUUUUUAUUAGGGGAGCAAAAGAUACUAUGUUAUAAAGCUAAGUACUUGAAAAUGCAGGUUUUGAAAAUGUAGUCUUCCUAGAGAGACUUUGGGGUUAAGGUACUCAGGUAGAUGGUACUCAGGAGAUCGAAAUUCAGCUCCUGGCUCUGCCAUGAUUUCCUCUGUGACCUUGGGAAAGUCACUUACUCUCCCCAGGCUUUACUUCCACCUCUGUGAAAUGGGGAUAGUGAUACUUCUAUUGUCUGUCUUGUCUGCUGAGCUUGUAAGCUGUUUGGGCAGGGACAGUGUGUCACUAAGGCUACAUCUACACUACAGCAGGGAUCCACGAUCUGAGAUCGAUCUACCGGCUGUCAAUUUAGUGGGUCUAGUGAAGACCCACCAGAUCGACAGCAGAUUGCUCUCCAGUCGACCCCUGUAUUCUACCCCUGACGAGAAGAGUAAGGUAAGUCGAUGGGAGAGUUUCUCCUGUCGACCCCCCCCCCCCUCAGAGUAGACCCUAAGGUAUCAAGCAUCAGAGGAGUAGCCGUGUUAGUCUGGAUCUGUAAAAGCGGCAAAGAGUCCUGUGGCACUUUAUAGACUAACAGACGUAUUGGAGCAUAAGCUUUCAUGAGUGAAUACCCACUUUGUUGGAUGCAUAUAGUAGAAAUUUCCAGAGGCAGGAAUAAAUAUGCAAGCAUAAAUAUGCAACAUACCUAAGGUAUGUUGACUCCAGCUACGUUAUUCACGUAGCAGGAGUUGUGUAGCCUAAGUCGACUUACCACGGUAGUGUAGACAUAGUCUAUGUGUGUGUAUUGCACCUAGCACGAUGGAGCCCUGAUUUCAGUUGUAACACAAAUAUUGGUUUUAUUUGUACCUUUCAUGCUUUUUCACUGUCUCAUUCUUGCUGAAUAGUGGAUGAAAAACAUAGAACUUUGGUAUCUGUUUAAAAAAAACCCUGAUACUUACUUUGAAAAAUAUUGUCAAGAAAAGAGUCAUAAAUGUCUUUCCAUUUUG